UGUCACACGCCUUGCGCACGACAUCCUCCUAUUGGCUGAGUGGCGGAGAGAGAGAGCGAGCGCAUGCCUUUCACCAGUUCAUGUCUCUCCAACGACACGCGCGCGCGCGCGCACACAGACACACAGGGCUCGUAAAUAGGCUCCAGAUGCCUUGACAGAGAACGCACGUCUGCGGGCUGCGCGUAUCUCCUCUUCGCCUGUGAACCACGCGGAUGUGAACCCAUCUUCCUGUCUUCGACUGAAUAGAAGAUUAUGGGGUUGUGUGCAAUUCCAGAGCACGUGGGGAGCGUAUUUGCCGGGCGGCGGGCUGCGCAGAGGUGCAGAGGAGAGCAUCGAUGAAGACACACGGGGCUCCUGUGCGUUUGGGCAAGGUCAGAGUCUAGCCUGGAUGAGAUUAUGUCCACGCGGGGACAACAAGGACGGACUUUUACGCUUCCUCGCUGGGCAAGAGGUCGCCCGGGGAUGAAAACCCAAGAGUUUUUUCUCUCUAUGUUGAAUUGCCGACGCGGCGAAAAUCCCUGCAUCCGCAUGAACACGGCUGAGCUUUGUUUUUGACGACCCUCGCGCUGCACGGCUCCCUCCCCUGGUCUCCCUCAGCCCGGAGAUAAAGUUUCUCUCGCUGCGCUCGACGUGUGGCUGAUUCUGUUCGGCCCGGACUCCUCUCAUCGCGCGCAGUUGAGCCCAGUUGAGGGUGAAUUCGAGGCUGCAGGUUAAAUACGGGGUGUGAGGGGAGGAGAUAGGGAGGCGAGGGGGGAGGUGGGGGAGAGGGGGUUGAAUACCAUCAGAGCGACAGCAUCACAACAGCGGCAGCCAGCUGUGUUCCCGGACGGUCACAUCUGCCGUCGGUUCGUCGUCGCUGUCCAUGGUGCUGAACUCGUGCUCCAGGAAUGGUGGAGACGCUGAGUAUCGCAGUCAUCGGUGCUCCCGGAGUGGGGAAAACUUCUAUAAUCCGCCAGUUCAUCUAUAACGAUUUCUCGGAGGCGUACACGCCCACCAGGACCAGAUAUGUGUACAGACCCUCCGUCAUCCUCAACGGGAACAUGUAUGAGCUGAAGAUUCUGGACGUCCCGCCAAUCUCCUCCUUUCCGUCCAGCUCCAGUCAGGAGUGGCUGGAUUUGCGUUGCAGAGGUGUUCGCAAUGCCAACGCCUACAUCCUGGUGUACGACAUCUGCUGCGUGGAGAGCUUUGAGUACGUCAAGAUGAUCAGACAGCAAAUCGUGGAGCACAGGGAAAGCAGCAACAGUGAGGUGCCAAUCCUGGUGGUGGGCAACAAGCGAGAUCUACAGCGGCAGCGAUUCAUGCCUCGCAGGGCCGUGUCCGUCCUGGUGAAGAAGACCUGGAAGUGUGGCUAUGUGGAGUGCUCCGCCAAGUUUAACUGGCACGUAGUCCUACUCUUCAAAGAGCUGCUGGGCAUCGCCGUGGCUCGGGGAAUGCGCCAGAACCACACCUCCAUCCGUCUGCAGGGGGCGCUACAGAGGAACCGCUGUGCCAUCAUGUGACCCCCCCGAGAGCUCUCUCCACCCCUCUCGCGCUGCAGUGGAGAAUGAAAUGACUUUUUUAUCUAAAUGGCUGGAAAAAUACCCUGUGGCCUCCUGCUUUACUGAGCUGAUUUUUCAUAAUGAGGUUUAUUAGUCUCUUGCGCUGUAAAAGACCCUCAAAUUCCACUCAUGGUCAUCCAACCACUUCCUGGUCAGAUUCUGCCAAAUGUGUAAAUGAAAGGAGAGGAGUAAGUGAGAAGACAGUGGAAACUAGUAGUACUAGCAUAGCACAGUAAUUCUUUGUCAUUUGAGACUGUGCUUCCCAAAUUACGCAGCGGGUCUUCUUGAGCGUUGUCUCGAGGCCGGAGGCUGCGUUUGUGAGGCUCAAAACCGAGAGGCAGCAAUAGUGAGUCUUCCUGUUCAAUUUGUAAUAUUUCAAGAAGGUCAACGAGCAAAAAAAUAGCUAAUGCGUUACUUCUGAAGGGAUUAUCCCACAGUAUACAGUCAUGAUUAGAUGGUAUUUAACUUUUUCACCUGUCCCUGUUUCAAACUCUGCCUUCGGUCAAAACUGUUUGCUCAGACAAAUUAAGGAAGUAAGGUCGUCUUGGAGCAGAAACUGCUGCAGUGCCUAUCACGGUGUACAGUGGGGCUUUAAUCUGUUCCCUCCCCUCACUCAGUGUGUGUUUCACGUUAAAUCCAGGAGCUGCCGACCUGCAGGAGGCUGCAGAGCCUGAAAAGAGAACGUGUUCAGGCAAUGUGGAUGUUCAUAUGUGUGUGCGUGCAAGUCCGCGAGAGAGGGAGACAGAGGGAGACGGAGGGAGACAGAGGAAGACAAAGAGGAAGGAAGGUUUGACAGAUGACAUUCAGGCAAGCAAAGGACAGACACAGCAAGAUAAGAGAUCGAUGUAGAAACUGGAUUAGGAAAGAGCAAUAUAAUCUGACAGUGAUGUCCUGACUGACCAUAUUUACCGCCAUAUUAUGUAAAAAAUGCCUCACAUAUAACAGAUGUAAUCCUCUCCCAGAUAUUCUGCAGAAAUAAGGAGGCAGAGCUUAAUGGCUUCCACAAAACACCCCGCAAGUGCGUCCCACACAGGGACCUGAAUGAAGCUUUCAUAUCAGUAUCUGAAUACCAUCCAACUGGUUUACGUGGUCGAAUGAACAGCUACUUAUUCAUAUUGUUCGGCCCCGUUAGUUUGUGAACAGCGCUGCACUGAAAGUAGGCAGACCCGUUGUACAUAAGAGUGAUUCAUGGAGUUAUUGAUGUGCAUGCUUUUGUUGGUAGAGCCAACUGGUCAGGGUUUAAUUGCACUGGUGUGAA